CGCCGCGGUAGUCACAUGAGACCAUCAUGGCGGAGUGACGUUUGACUGUUGUUGGAUUUCCGCAUUCAUGCGCUACCGGUGUUUAAAGAUUAAGCACAAAUUCCACGAAUGCGCAGCUGAGCUGGAGAAGUGCCUCUGCAGGAAAGAAAGGUUUUCAUAAAAGGAUCCUAUUGAGUGAGACCCACUUUGAAUAUGUCGGGAAGAAGAGAUGACUUUGGUGGCUUCAGAAGCUCUGCCCGUCCAUACAGAGAUAAUCCUGGAUUAGGAGAAUAUAGAGAUAAUCCAGGUCAAGGUUACCAAAGCUCAGGAUAUGGAAAUUUUUCGCAGCUUUAUGAUCAAGUCAGUAGCAAUGUUUUCACCAUUAAUAACCAUGCAACAAGCUUGGAACGCGCACUACGGCAGAUUGGAUCAGACAGAGACAGCAAAGAACUACGAGAUAGAAUACAUGAAACAGAGCUGAAAACCAAUAAAAUCAUUGCUGAAACCACAAAACUUUUUAAGCAGUUGUCUGGAAUAAGAGGAAUAGAAAGGCAACAAAAGUUGAGUGUGGAAAGGAUACAAAAUGACUUCAAAGAAACAAUACAGAGAUACUCUGAAUUACAAAAGAAAGCAGCAGAAAAAGUUAAAACAAUAGCAUUAAGGCAACGGACACAAAGUUCGGAGGGUCUAGGUUUUGGAGCCAGUGAUGAUGACAAAGUGGCUCUGAUGGAGCAGGAUGAGCUGAGGCGACAAGAGUUACAAGCACAAGAACAGUUAAUAGAAGAUGACUUGGCUGUGAUACAGGAGAGGGAGGAGAGGAUAAGAGAAUUAGAGGCAGACAUCCUAGAUAUCAAUGAAAUAUUCCGGGACCUGGGCACUUUGGUGUAUGAGCAGGGAGAGAUGAUAGACAAUAUUGAAGACCAUGUUUCCAAGGCACAUGAUAAUGUGGAGGCAGGGAAUGAACAAUUGGUAAAGGCAGCAUCAUAUCAGAAAAAAGCCAGGAAAAAAAUCUGCAUAUGUGUCAUCGUCUUAAUUAUAAUCCUUGCCAUUAUUGCUGUCAUAAUCUAUGUGUCCGUACCUAAGAAUAAGUAAUUGCAGUGGAUUGUACCAAUAAUUUCUUGAGCCUUUAGAGAUAGAGUAUGAAGUGGGACAGUUUCCCACCACAUUUUAUUGAGGAUUACGUGAUAAAUGUGGUGCACUUAGUGCUGUACUGCCUGUUAUACUAUUUGCUCACUCUUCCUGUGUUUCAUGUUCAUGUAAACAUGGGCCCCUUGUUUAAAUGCCCAAAUGAGGUAGGUUAGAUUGGUUUUGCUGCAUUUUGAUACUUAACUGAAGAUGCCUAGAUAUUAACAUUCAUUUUAAGAUGUUGACUGGUUGGUUAUUUGUUGAAAUAGAACACUAGCACUUAGUUUUACCAACAUUUACACAUGAAAGAAGCAAACAAUAUUGUUGGCAUAUUACUGAAUUUGUGUAUUUCGUAAUCGGAAAUAUUAAUUGAUGUUGAUAACUUUAGGCACAUACAGUUUUGUUUGAUUUUAUGUCAAACAUGUUUUUCUUGUUCUUGGCUUUGCAAAUAUGUUCCCCAUUGUUGCCUCCUACUAUUUGGAUUUAUCAGCAGAAGGGUAUCAUGAUGUACGCAAUACAUUAGACUCUCAUUAUUAGCUUUAGAUGUACAUUGGUCAAUAAAACAUAAGUGAUAGUACAAGUUACAUGCUUACAUUUGCAAAAGAAACUACUAUAUUACUUCUUUAGUAUAUUAAGGCUUUAGAAAGGCAGUGAAAUUUGGAGACAAUUAUCAGGUGGAGUUAUUUAUGUAUUAGUAUGGUUAUGUAUUAGAAUUUUAUACAUUUUUUUCUGUUCUGGUGUCAUUUAUGUAUGAUUAAUUUAUGGUUCUCUGUAGAACAUUCCUUGACUAUAUUCUAGAUAAAUAGUAUCUUGGUACUACAAAGAAGUGAUCAAGUUAUGAAUGACAUUAACUUGAGAGGAAUGGUAAAUGGUGCUAUAAAGUAACUUGAAAUGAAAAGGGGCCUUGAUGCUCUGUAGCUUGUAAUAUUUUGUGAUUGUAUUCUCGUAAGAAAGGAAUGCCCAAGCCUAACAGUUUUUACCUUAAAGUUAAUCACUAGGAACAACUAUUGUCUAAAAAGAAACGUUUAUUAUUUGGCAGUGGUACUUCUCAAUUUAUAAAUUAUGAUAUGAAUAUAAAAUAGAGACUGCAUUACUAGAAUAGCAAUCCUUUUGUUUGACUUUCUCAUACUUACUAAAACUUACUGUGUUUUAUGAAGAAUGAAAUGCUUUUUAUUUUUUAUGUUCCCACUUGUAUGCCAUUUUUCAAACUUCUCAAGAGAUGUCAUAUGUAAUAUAUAUUUCGGGUUAGCCAAUUCUUCUUCCAUGAUAUUGACAACAUGGUUGCAAAUUGAUUUAUUUAUUGGAUAGUAGGUGAUAGAAAGGGGGGAAAUUGUGAAUGUAUUUGUUGAAAUACUUUUAAUAAUAUUGAUGAUUGAGAAGUUUAUGUUAUUGCAUUCUUUUUGCAUGUGCAAUAUUUCGUAUCUGUCAUUACAUAUAAGGAAAUAAACUUAAUUUUCUUUGUA